GUGAAAAUAUGGCGGGCCGUGGCGCGCCGGCACCGCAAACCCAGCGGAUACCAUUGGUCGUCGAUGAGACCGCUGAAGUCGUGAAGAUGCGCUUUCUGAAUCACCUUAGGAGCGAAGUGUCGUACGAACAGCAGGCAGAACUAAUGCGACAGACAGAAACGUCGUCGUUGUUCGUCGACUACACCAAGUUGUUUGCCGCCGACGUCGACUUGGCGCAAGCGCUCGCAGCCGCGUACUUGCGAUGGGAAAUUCCUCUACGUCAGGCUGCAGCGGAGUUUUGCGCUACAGGCAGGGAAACGUUUGUGUGCUUUUACAACUUCACGAUGGUGCGGAAGAUUCGUCAGUUGCGCAUGCAGGAGAUCGGCAAAAUGAACAGUUUUAGCGGCACCGCGACUCGGACGAGCGAGGUCCGACCCGAGUUGCUCUUUGGGGCGUUCACGUGCAUCGAAUGCGGGGGCGUCGUCGAAGGCGUCGAGCAACAGUUUCGGUACAUGGAGCCUAAAAAGUGUGCGAAUCCGUUUUGCGGCAACACGAGUCAGUGGGAGUUGCACCCCGAAAAGAGCGUGUUUGUCGAUUGGCAAAAGGUGCGCGUGCAGGAAAACAGCGACGAAAUUCCCGCCGGGUCCAUGCCACGGUCAAUCGACGUCAUUCUACGACACGAGAACGUCGAACAGGCGAAAGCAGGGGACCGCGUCGUGUUCACCGGUGCGCUGAUCGUCGUGCCGGACGUGUCGAGGUUUGGCAAGAACGGCGGGGAGAACGUUGUCGCGGCGCGACGUGGCGGGGAAAACAGCUCGCACGGCAUGGAAGGCGAAGGAGUUCGCGGGCUCAAAGCCACGGGGGUCAAGGAGCUCACGUACAAGACGGCGUUCUUGGCGUGCUCUGUGCAGACCAUGGCCCAGCGCUUUGACCGCGUAUCGAUCCGGUCUGAAAUGGGCGAAGAAACGGAAAACGAUUUCUCCGAAGACGAGCUCGAGUCGAUCCGACUCAUGAAGGCCGAUGCAGACCGGUACAUGAAGAUGGCCAAGUCGCUGUGUCCGUCCGUGUACGGUCACGACGAGAUCCGCAAGGGCAUUUUGCUCAUGCUGUUUGGCGGCGUGCACAAGACCACAAACGAAGGCAUCAAGCUGCGAGGAGACAUCAACAUUUGCAUCGUGGGCGACCCGUCCACGGCCAAGUCGCAGUUCCUCAAGUACAUUGUGCAGUUCCUUCCUCGGGCGAUUUACACGAGCGGCAAAGUCAGCACCGCCGCGGGGCUCACGGCCAGCGUGAGCCGCGACCCCGACACGGGCGAGUACUGCGUCGAGGCCGGCGCGUUGAUGCUGUCGGACAACGGCAUUUGCUGCAUCGACGAGUUCGACAAGAUGGACCCCGCCGACCAAGUCGCGAUCCACGAAGCCAUGGAGCAGCAGACCAUCAGUAUUACGAAAGCAGGUAUCCAGGCCACGUUGAACGCCCGGACGUCGAUUCUGGCCGCCGCCAACCCGCAAAAUGGACGAUACGACAAAACCAAGACACUCAAGUACAAUGUAAACAUUUCGGCGCCGAUUAUGUCGCGGUUUGACCUGUUCUUUGUGAUUCUGGACGAAUGUAACGAAGUCGCCGACGAGAAAAUCGCGCACCACAUUGUAAAUCUGCACAAACCGCCCGAGCUCCAAGUCCAUGCGCAAGUGGAGCAAGCGUAUCCCGAAGAAGCGCUUCAAAAGUACAUCAAGUUUGCACGGACGUUGAACCCGGUGAUUUCCCCCGAUGCGAAGCGCAUGAUGGUCGCGUGUUACCGCAAACUGCGCGAGAACGACGUGAGCAGCAACGGCCAAAGCAACAUUGCGUACCGAAUAACGGUGCGGCAGCUCGAGUCGAUGAUUCGGCUGUCGGAGGCGCUGGCUCGCAUCGACUUAGAUGAAACGGUGCAGGUUGUGCAUGUCCAGGAGGCAUAUCGACUCUUGAACAAGUCCAUCAUCCACGUGGACACGCAAAACAUCGACCUGGAUGUGGUGCCGCAGCUGGCCACGGACGAAGAAGCGACCGACGGGAGUGACGCCGUGGACUCGCAAGCCCAAGUGGACAUUGGCACGAGCGGAUCGAUCACGUUUGAACGGUUUGCGUGGAUUCAAAAGGCCCUGUCGCGAUUCAUUCGAGAUAAAGAGGAUGAGAUGGAAGCGUUCAAGCAGACCCAAGAAGCAGGUGAUGACAUGGCCACAUGCGGGGUGCUCCAAGGCGAAGUCGUCACGUUCUACUUGGCGCAGCAAGACAUCAACUCUGAACACCAACUCGCCAUGGAACGCAAGAUGAUUGUGUCCGUGGUCGACAAGCUCGUCAAGGACGGGUUCCUCCAAGUCGUCGAAGAAGACGACGAGAUCCAGGAUCGAUACUUGACCGUCCAUCCAAACUACGCCUUUGAGUAAUAAACGCAUGAUGACUGACUCCGUCGGAAAGCUAGCUAGCUAGGUACGUCAUGCAACAUGCAUGAACGAUGCGUCGUGUAACUGAAGGAAGGGUGUACAUACAUAUCCACGUCGAAUGGGAGAGGUGGAGAUCCUUCACAUACAGUAAGUAACCAAACUUAUGUGGUGCAAUCCAUCGCAUCCUCGUUCGUGAGCAACGUCCUCAUGUCAUUCCAUCACCAAGGUGCACUAUCUUCUCACCCGCCUUACAAACUCCGCGGAUCGCCUACCUCGUCGACUGCAUCUCCAUGGACACCAACCACCCUCUCGUAUCCGAGCGGGCACGUCACCACGCGUUGUCUCGACAUGAUUGAGUACGUUCGCUUCGUUGUCGUCGAGUUCUUCUUCGAGUAGUCAGGCCGCCGCCGUGCCUCUGCCGUCGGGACCAAGUCCUAAUGUUCAUGGGGUCGUGUGGUUGUUAGUUCCAUGAUCAGCCACAAUCCAUGCACCUAUCAGAACAUGCCAUUUCUCAGCGUUUAUGCAGGGGUGCGUGAGUCACGCGACCGUGGCAUGACUCACGCUUGCCCCUCAAAGACAAGGCAUUGGCGGCGGUCGCAUAAGUGCCAGCGUCCUUCUGCCGCCGCCAUCUCUUCCGUCGCAUAUGGCCCCGCUGUUCCUUCCACGGUCUUCUCGUAGGACCACAGUACGGUCUGUAUACAUCCAUCCCUCGCGCCGCGGUGAUGAUGUCGGCGCUUAUCCGGUGACAUCUGGUUGACGUUGAGCCAAAA